UCAUGCACUGAUUAUUCAUUAUCAGAAUGACCAACACAAUACAGUGUUCCCUUCACUUAAUGAAUCAGUAACCUAGGGAAGUAACAAAAAAUAGACUUCAGCAGGUUGCUCACAGUACUGCUAUAGAAAGUCUACAAGUAAACAUUUCCUCUCUAUGUCUUAUAAAAUUGUUUAUUUCUAAAUGUAAAAUAAAAAAAAGACAUAGAAUAAUGUUGGAAGACAACAUUCACCUGUGACCACCAGGAAAGUAACAACUUGGCAGCCAAGCAAAGAAAGAUGAGCCUAAGUCAUCAGCGAAUUCCUGGCUCGAGCACAGUAACUCUACCAGCAUUAUCACAGGCACAGUCUAACUCCAAUGUCAGUGAUAUGAACAGAAUUUAUUCUGCAGUGAUCAAGGUCUUUCAAGGUGAAGGACUGCAAAUGAAUGAACUCUACUUCUUAAAUGAGCGCAUCAGGUGGCUUUUAAAAACAGAAAUGGGGUCAUUUAUUGAAGAGUAUUUUCAGAAUCAACUUCUAAAUAAGGCUUUAAGGUCUAUUUCAGAAGAAGUUCAACUUUAUAAAGGGCAACAUCAGAUCUUUUUCCUGGCUGAUGUUUGGAUUAGAUUUUUCUCAGAAAUUCUGCCCACAUUGCAGGCUAUAUUUUAUCCACUUCAGGGCCAUGAUUUCACAGUAAGGCAGAUGGCACUGCUCGCCUUCAGGGAUCUCGUCCUGAUGAAGAUUCCACUGGAAGAGCUGCUCCUCACUAACCUUUCUCUGCUACCUGCAUCCAUCACACAAAUGCUGUUAGUCCUACAGGGAGUCCAUGAGCCAAGAGGCACCUCUACGGAAUAUUUUCGCCUUGAGAAAAUGCUGGAAAUGGUGGUUUCUCCCUAUCUGUGGAACUGCAAACACAAAAACUAUGAAGAAGAAAUCAGACAAAGUAAACGCCUCAUCCAACCUGAGAUAAGGAUCACACAGCAUAUCUCACAGGUAUCUCUUCUGACUCCUUUACUGGAGCAGGACGGAGAGGGGUAUUCGGAGAGAGGAAGCAGCCUUCGCCGUCACUCUAUAUCCAAUGGCAGAUCAAUCAUCACUGACAUGCAGCUUCUCACGGUUACUAGUAGGAUGCAUUCUGGGUUAGAGGAGCCAUGUGAAACUAUUGAUGAAAUGAGGGGAAAGGAUAACAGGGCUCUUUCUCAAGUCAGUCCAACAUUUGAAAGCAAAAGCUGUUAA